AUGCAAAACGGCAGCCCGAGCAGCCCAUCGCCGCGAGAUGAUUACCUGACUCCGGUCCCAGACUCUCCUGUACUGGAAGCAGCCGCAUUAGAAAUUCAAGAUAAUUCGAAAACUUCCGAUGAGAUUCCGCAAGGCCAACCGGUCGACGAGCCUCCAACUCAAACAGAGGGCCCACCCUCGAAGAAGCGUCGCCUGACUGAAUCGACUCCAUCGCGUCGCUCUACACCCAGGCCCCCUUCGCCACCAUGGAAAAAGGCUGGGAUAGAUGGACCGACCUCAUUUACGGUGGAGGGUCGUCGGCGGUCCUCGCGAACGAAUGCGGUCCCGAUGGAGAUGCAACCCCCGUCCGACAAACGCAAAACUCGUGGAGCACAAUCCCAGCACGCGCCAAAGAAUGUUCGCGACACCGCAAAGCCUGCAACGUCGUCACCGCUGACUGUGACAAGUUCUCGAGCCGGCUUAUACAAUAAGGUGGGUGGCAAGGUUUCGUCAAAUGGAUCACCGCGGACAGCGUCAACAAAGGCAGUCGCAGCUGCGAAGCCGGCAGUCUCACAAUCACCAGCAACGAAAUCCACUUCCCUUUCCCGCGCAAGAUCCCGCAGCUCUGUUCAUGCCCAACGUUCGACGCGCGCUGCAGCAAACGGUGCUAGCCCCCGUCACCUUCGCGAUCGCAACUCCCCCGGCGCCGAAAAUGGUGUCGGUGGCAUCGAAGCCGCGAAUGGAGAUGAAGAGGAUGGCUCGGUUAAAGUUCCAAGGUUGCGAAUCAAAGUCAAAAAGCCGGUGCUUCCUAUCCGCCAUCCCGGUCAUAUUGCCACCAAGAAGUACAAUUCUUUCCGAGAGUGGAUUGACAAGGAAGAUGAACCAAGCCUUUUGUCAUCGGAGCAGGCAGUCGAAGAGGCUAAGAGGCGACGUCUUGUCAUUGAUGCAGCCGAGCCAGGCGGGCUUCUCAGCUCUGAAGUUUGUUCAGCGUACAUCACCGAUCAACAAGAGGAGCCGCCUCCUCAAUACUCGCAUCAGGACCAUCUCGUAGCUCAUGCGCUCUAUUUUCAAAAGCUUUUGGAUAAAGAACAUAAACGACACCGCCAGACGGCCAAGCUCUUCGCCCAGUGGUGCGCUGACGCAUACCGAAAGCGCCACAAGAAUCCCGAAGAUAUUCUUCGCGAGCAGCAAGAAGAGGUACGGGGCAAACGGAAGCAGGUAGUGAAGGACCUUCAGAAGAUGUUCGAUCUGGUCCGAGCCGAGGUCGACCGCGCACGACUGGCUCGUUGGGAAGAGGAGCGAAAGGUGCAAGAUCAGCAAGCUCUCGAUCGUGCGAUCAAGAAGUCCACAAUGCUGUUCGAGAAGCGUCGAUCGGAGAUCUUGGGUGAAACGAACAGUGACGCUCCCGUCACCAGUGAAGACGACGACGCCGAUGAAACGGACUCCGAGAUUCACUCAUCUGAUACAGACGACGAGAGCAAUAUGUCAUCCUCCGAGUCUGAAACGGACGAUGAAGCCAAUCUGGACGAUGACGCUAAAUUGACUGCCGAAGAACUUCGAAUGAAGUACGCAAACCUGCCCGACGAGGAUAAACAAGAUGAACAAGAUGGACUUUCAGUGACUGCGGGAGUUCCCGCGUCAGCUAUCGAUAGCGAGCUAGUGCACGAUGAAGUUGACUCCCAAGCGACUCCUGCCCCGCUCGACGACGUGGACUCGGUCCUCUUGGACGAAAGCGACGACGAAUCGACAGACAUGGAUGAUGACAUGGGUGACAGCGACGACGAUCUUGAAUCUCGCGACGGAGGCUCUGAAGAGGAAAGUGACGAAGAUGAUGAUGACGCACCUGGGCUCUUUGGGUUCUUCUCGUCGAAUGAUCUCCCGGCGUUCAAAGGCCGACAAGCCGGCGGCGACGAGGAAGAUGACGUCGGAUUUGAAGACCCUGUUGAAAGUUCUGUCAUUCCCGAUGAGCAUGAGUCCUCGCGAGAAGGAACCCCGAUGGAGAUUGUGGAAGCUUCAGCCGAACCGACUUCGACUGAAAUGGGCGAUGCAUCAGCGGUUGCUACCCCUUCAGAAAUCCAGGAUCAAGUUGCAAACCAUGAGACCUCUGUGGUGCUUGCUGCUGAAUCCAGAAAUUCAGAUUCACCCGAUGACGAAGCCGAGCCUCAUCCGAUGGACGUCAGCCCGAAUGACAACGUUGACAGCGGCCCCGCACCUGGCGGCGAAAUUUCGAGCGAAGCCUCCCCAGGCACAUUGGCAACGAAACCGUCCGAGCCGGAGUCCGUCUCCUCAUAUGAACCAAGUUCAGAGAAACAGCUCCAAGUAGGCGACUCGUCCGCACCUGGUCUCAAGACACCGAUCCCACACCUCCUGCGUGGUACCCUUCGCGAGUAUCAACACUAUGGACUGGAUUGGCUCGCAGGCCUCUACAAGAACCACAUCAACGGUAUCUUGGCAGACGAGAUGGGUCUUGGCAAGACUAUUCAGACUAUUGCCCUGCUUGCACAUCUGGCGGUCGACCAUGGCGUCUGGGGACCGCAUCUCGUGGUUGUGCCAACCAGUGUAAUGCUGAAUUGGGAGAUGGAGUUCAAGAAAUGGUGUCCCGGUUUCAAGAUCAUGACUUAUUACGGUAACCAGGAAGAGCGCAAGGCAAAACGUCGUGGCUGGACCGAUGAUAACGCGUGGAACGUCUUGAUCACCUCGUAUCAACUUGUGCUUCAGGAUCAGAUCUCUCUUAAGAGAAGGAACUGGCACUACAUGAUUCUCGACGAAGCUCACAACAUCAAGAACUUCCGCUCGCAACGAUGGCAAGCCCUGCUGACUUUCCGGACACGGGCUCGACUUCUCCUCACUGGAACACCGCUUCAGAACAACCUGACUGAACUAUGGUCUCUUCUCUUCUUUCUGAUGCCUUCCGACGGUGACGGAAACGGUAUCGAGGGAUUCGCCGACCUAAGAGACUUCUCGGAGUGGUUCCGGCGACCGGUGGAGCAAAUCCUGGAGCAUGGAAGGGAGACGAUGGAUGAAGAAGCAAAGCGAGUGGUGACCAAGCUCCAUACUGUUCUACGUCCGUAUAUCUUGCGUCGACUUAAGGCGGAUGUCGAGAAGCAGAUGCCCGGCAAGUACGAACACGUCAUUUAUUGCCGACUGUCCAAACGUCAGCGAUUCCUCUACGACGGGUUCAUGUCUAUGGCGCAGACCAAGGAAACACUGGCGUCAGGAAACUUCCUUUCGAUCAUCCACUGUCUCAUGCAGCUUCGCAAGGUCUGCAACCAUCCAGAUCUCUUUGAGACCCGACCUAUCUCGACAUCAUUUGCCAUGCCAAGAUCUGUUGCUACGGAUUACAAUGUAAAGGAGUCUCUAGUGCGUCGGCGUCUCCUAUUUGAGCAUCCCCUCACCAAAGUGGACCUUGACUUCCUCAAUCUUGCACCCGUGUCGAGAGAGGACAUUUCGCGUAGACUGGCAGACGAUAGCAUUCGGUUGAUGGCUUACGGGCCCUUCAAGACACUACGUGAGCGUCAGUACAAGCGGACGAAUUGGCAAAUGAGCUUUGACGGCUCCACCAUGGAGUCGACUCUCGACUCUUUGGAGAAUGCCAGUCGCAAACGCAGGAUGGCAGAGUUGGAGCGUUGUCUGUACUUUGAAUCAAAGCGGCACGGUCGUCGACCUGUGUACGGCAGCAGCUUGAUUGAAUUCCUUCGAGCGGGUACAAGCAAGGAGCACGCCUUGUCAAACGCGCCACUUCGAAAGAGCAACAUGGCAGAAUGGCUGUCUAGUCGUUCUUCUGUUCUCGCCUCCAUGAUUCUGAACAUUGAGGAACGCUCACUCGAGAUGGACGGAUAUGUCCAGCGCUUUGCUUGCGUUACCCCUGCAGCCGUUGCAGCCGGCACUACCGAGGCCGCAUUGACCCCUGUUGAGACCCGUUUGCUCACAAACACGUCCAAGGACCAGUCGUACGAUCCCUUCCACGAGGCACGAAUGCGCCUGUCCAUCGCCUUCCCCGACAAGAGACUGCUGCAAUACGACUGUGGCAAGCUUCAGCGACUGGACAAGCUCCUGCGAGACCUGAAAGCAGGCGGUCAUCGUGCGCUGAUCUUCACGCAGAUGACCAAGAUGCUGGAUAUUCUAGAGCAAUUCCUCAAUAUCCAUGGCCAUCGCUACCUUCGGCUUGAUGGCACUACAAAGGUCGAGUCACGCCAGAUGUUGACUGAGCGAUUUAACAGCGAUCCUCGCAUUCUGGCAUUCAUUCUAUCUAGUCGGUCCGGUGGUCUCGGUAUCAAUCUCACGGGUGCUGACACUGUGAUCUUCUACGACCUGGACUGGAAUCCAGCCAUGGACAAGCAAUGCCAAGAUCGCUGUCACCGUAUUGGACAGACUCGCGAUGUGCACAUCUAUCGAUUUGUUUCGGAGUACACUAUUGAGUCCAAUAUUCUGCGCAAAGCCAACCAAAAGCGCAUGCUUGAUGACGUGAUCAUCCAAGAGGGUGAAUUCACCACGGACUACUUCACCAAGCUCCGUGACGUAGAGGGCCUACCCGAGGGAGAGGACGCUCGUGAUGGUCAAGAUGAAGCCAGUGCUGCCAUGGACCGCGUGCUCGGCAACCGAGUUGCCAGUGGCGGAAAGGCGUUUGAGCAGGUCGAGGACACGGAAGACAUCGUUGCGGCCAAGAAUGCUCAGAAGGAGCUUGACCAUGCCGAUGACGGUGACUUUGAUGACCGCACUCCCGCUCAAAGCACUCCCGCUCAGGCUGGCACCCCUCUCCCUGUCGAAGGGGAGGGCACACCGUUGCCCAUUGAUGGUGUUGACCCUACGGACGCCAAAGCAAGCGCCCGUGAAGACACUGAGCUGCACCACAUUGAUGAAUAUCUGCUCCGCUUCAUGGAAUGGAACAUGCGAGAUGAACCUCUGGUUCUCCCUGUGGACAAGAGCAAGAAGAGGUCCAAGAAGGGGAAAGAACACCGAUUGAGACGGCGACGCUGA